UCUGCUGCUUCGUCGUGCACAAGCGGUGCCAUGAGUUCGUCACCUUCUCCUGCCCCGGCGCUGACAAGGGCCCUGCCUCGGAUGAUCCCCGGAGCAAACACAAAUUCAAAAUCCACACGUACUCCAGCCCCACCUUCUGUGACCACUGCGGGUCGUUGCUGUACGGGCUCAUUCACCAGGGGAUGAAAUGUGACACCUGCAUGAUGAACGUGCACAAGCGCUGCGUGAUGAACGUCCCCAGCCUCUGCGGGACGGACCACACCGAGCGCCGGGGACGGAUAUACAUCAGGGCUGACAUCGAGAAGGAGGUGCUCACCGUCGUAG